AUGGCCGACAUACUCAACGAACUAACCGGCUGCCAAAUGAUUAUUAAUUACAAUAGUGAACUGCCGCAAUAUAUUUGCACAAAUUGCAUGAAGGGAGCAAAGGCGGCAUUGGAUUUCAAACACAUGGUGGAAAGGAACAGUGAACGCUUUGAGGAGCUACACAGCAUGUCCGGAGAUCAGAAGUGUAAGGUGAAACUGAAACAGGAGGAGGACGAUCUCAUUGCCAUCUGCAACAUGCUCAAUGCAGAGGACUUACAACUUAUGGACAACUUGGAGGAGGAGGAAACAAAAGAGUUGAAUAUUAAAGCGAAUGCAACACAUCAGUACAACACCCGACGGAAGAGACUGAAUAGGUACAGCGUAUCGAACAUGAGCAGCGAGAGCUUCCUGAGCGAAAGCGGCCUGGACUAUGAGGACGAGAAGAAGACAUCUCUUGCAUGUCCCCACUGCCAAUAUGUUCCAAGCAACAAAGGCAAUCUGAAGGCUCAUCUCCGGACACACACCGGGGAGCGUCCAUUCCAAUGCCCGCACUGCCCAAGGACAUUCACUCAAAAGCAAAAUAUGACCGUGCACACACGCACGCACACCGGAGAGCGUCCUUAUAAAUGUGCCGCGUGUCCAAAGUCCUUUGCUCAGCUUGCGGGCUUGAUUGCCCACAAUCGCCGACGUCCAUGGGAUCACAUAUUGGAUUCGAAACACGUAAUUAAACAACAACGUCUUAAAAAACACCGUCGCAAGAAGGGACACAACUAA